AUGACAGCGUUAAGUAACUUCGGCAUGAUCGGGUAUCUAAUGAACUCGUUUGGGUCGGCAAGAGGCGCAGGCGCACACAUCUUCGAUACCAUAGACAAUAUACCAGCUAUUAACCCUUUGUUGGACCGAGGAUUAAAACCAAGGACGUUUCAAGGAAACGUGGAGCUUAGAAGCGUAUUCUUUCGCUAUCCAUCUCGCCCUGAUAUUCCUGUCUUAAAAGGUAUAAGUUUGUCUAUUAAAAUGGGCCAAACGGCUGCACUAGUCGGUGAAUCCGGUUGCGGCAAGUCCACGAUAAUACAACUGAUUUCAAGAAAUUACGAUGUUGUCGAUGGUUCGGUUAAUGUGGACGGAUAUGACGUUAAGAAUUUGUCCGUGAAAUGGUUACGAUCUCAAAUAGGCUUGGUCUCCCAAGAGCCGGUUCUCUUCAGCACCUCAAUAAGAGAUAAUAUACUCCGUGGUCGUGAAGACGCCACGGAUGAUGACGUAGAAAAUGCAGCGAGAGAAGCUUAUGCGCACGAGUUCAUUAUGAAACUGCCUGCUGGUUACGACACGGUUGUCGGGGAACGCGGCGCGUCGCUCUCGGGUGGACAGAAACAACGCAUCGCCAUUGCGCGUGCGCUGGUUCGAAAUCCGCGCAUCCUUUUAUUGGACGAAGCCACGAGCGCGCUCGAUAUAGCGUCUGAAGCUAAAGUCCAAAAAGCACUGGACAAGGCUACUAAAGGACGCACAACGCUUAUAAUAGCUCAUAGGCUAUCGACGAUUCGAGAUGUGGAGUGCAUAUACGUGAUGCACGAGGGACAGAUAGUGGAAACAGGGACCCACGAUCAGCUCUUAAAAAUGGACGGAUACUAUUACAAAAUGUUUGAGACCGGUGUCACGGGCGACGAUAUAAGGGCGACAAGCAAAGAGGAUUUAAUAAGUCCACAAGCGUCGGUAAUAUCACAACGACACAAUGAGAAAAUACAGCUAAUAGAAGAUGAUGAUGGUAAGAAAAUGAAAGAACCAGUGUUAUCGUUUUGGAGGGUAGUCGCACUAAACGCACCUGAGUGGAAGUUGAUAACAUUGGGUUGUCUGUGCUCUGUCAUAACAGGGUUUUCAGUGCCCUUAUUUGUUGUGCUCUUCGGUGACUUGUUUGGUUCUAUGUCAAAUACUGAUGCAGAAGAGCUCAUGAAGAAAGUAGAGAAAGUUUCCAUGUCCUGUAUUUGUAUCGGUUGUGCUAUCGGGCUAUCGAAUUUCUUUGAGACAAUAGCAUUCGGAGCCUCCGGUGCUUAUUUGACGGAGAGACUUCGCUUGAGGAUGUUUACCCACUUCCUGAAGCAGCACAUUGGCUUCUUCGACGAUCUUGCACAUUCCACGGGCGCUUUGUGCGCUCGACUCUCGUCCGAAGCUGCGUACGUUCAGGGGGCGACGGGUCAGCAAAUGGGUAUAAUUCUGCAAGCUAUUGGCUCGGUCGGAUUAGCAUUCUUCUUAGCCAUGUGGUUCGAAUGGAGGGUGGGUCUCGUGGUAAUAGGGUUCUCGCCAAUAAUUAUCUACGUUAUGUGGCAGCAAGGGAAGGCCACAGAUGAGGAAUCUAGCGGAUACGCUGCCGCUCUUGAAGGGAGUACAAUGGUAGCUGUUGAAGCGGUAUCUAACAUCCGGACUGUCGCAUCUCUCGGUUUGGAAGGAAGGGUAGUUUCACAAUACGCCAAACUGCUUCUACCCGCAAUGAAAACUGCAAAACGCGCCGCUCAUUGGCGUGGCGUUGUUACGGGGCUAUCGCGUUCUCUUUUCAACUUUGUGAACGCUGCGGCUCUAUCGUAUGGUGGCCAUUUAAUAGUGACAGAUGGCGUUGGAUAUCAAAAUAUUCUAGUAUCGACCCAAUCAUUGCAAAUGGCGUCGAAUCAAGCGCAGAAUGCGUUCGCAUACGUGCCCGACUUUCAAAGGGGCGUAAACGCCGCCACAAGGAUUCUCAACAUGUUGAAAUCUAAACCGAUCAUCACUGAUCCUGAAAAUCCCGAUGUUACGAAUUUUGUGUCAAAAGGCGAGGCGAGAUUUAAAAACGUCGAUUUCCGCUACCCCACGCGACCUGCGGUAAGAGUUUUACGAGGGCUCAACUUAAAGAUAGAUAGCGGAAAGACGAUAGCCAUAGUGGGAAGAAGUGGUUGCGGGAAGAGCACCGUGGUACAGCUGUUGCUUCGUUUUUAUGAUCCGGACUCUGGAUGCAUAAGUUUGGACGAAAUUCCUCUUCCGCAAUUGCGCUUAAAGGAGUCGAGAGACUGUUUUGGAAUCGUUGGUCAGGAGCCAAUACUUUUUGACCGAACCAUAGAGGAUAAUAUUGCUUACGGUCUAAAUUCAAGACCAGUUACACGGCAAGAAGUCAUUGAUGCAGCACGCCUGGCGAAUAUACACGACUUCAUAGCAUCCUUGCCAAAGGGUUAUGAAACGGACAUAGGAUCUAAGGGCAUUCAGCUGUCAGGGGGGCAAAAGCAAAGGGUGGCAAUCGCCCGUGCUCUUAUCCGCCGCCCUAAAAUCCUACUUCUAGAUGAAGCGACCAGCGCUUUGGAUAAUGAGAGCGAGAAGGUGGUACAAGAAGCCCUGGACGCAGCGAAGGCCGGUCGUACAUGCGUGAUGAUUGCCCACAGAUUGAGCACAGUCCGUGACGCAGACCUCAUUUGCGUCCUCAGCGAUGGAUGUGUCGCUGAGACCGGCACUCAUCAGGAACUGCUCCAGCUAAAGGGACUCUAUUAUAGCAUGAUGGUGCAUAAGUAA